AUGUCUCCGCCAUCGAACAUCAGUAUUUCUUCCCGCCCCUCCGGCCUCGACCCCAACCACAUCGGCGUAACCCUGGCUCUCGAGCUCCUCGGCGAGUCAUCGACCUCAGAAAACAACUACUCGCUCGACACUUCCACCAUCGCCUCCAGCCAGGUCGGCUCCCUGCUAGCUUCCAACGGUCCCUGGACCGUCUCGAGUUCCGACUCCGCCAUCUCCUGGUCCAUAGCCGACACCCCCUCACCCGGCUCAUCCCCUUCAAGCCCCAAUCUCAACUUCUUCACCCCCGAAUCCAUCAUUCUCACCCCACCUUCAACCGCCUCCACCGACUCCACUCCCCCAGACCUCGACGUCCCCGACAUCCCCAUCGAACCCUACAUCCUCCACCACCGCUUCGGCAGCCGCAAGAGUCAGCACGCCAGCACGCAAGAAAUUAACGAACACCUCCUCUUCCAGCGCGCCGUGCUCGUGCAGAAACAACGCCAAGCCAAGUCCGCCAACCAAGACCCAAAAGUCAAAUGGUGGACCCUCCUACUCCACCAACUGCAAAGCCAGAUCGACGUCCUAGAGAGGCAUAAGCGAAAUACCCGUCUCUGGGCCGGCAAAAGGACAGCAGCAUGGUGCUCGGUUCAGGCGCAUAUUACCCACAUCACCAACACCAGCAGCAGCACCACCACCGACUCAACAAACGGGACGCGACCAACGACAGAAGAAGGCUACACAUGUGGCCUCCCCCUCCCCUCCGGCCUCCCGCCCACCCCUCCUCCCCAUGGGGAAAAGCACCCCUCCUCGGAAAUCAUAGCGGAGCUCAAGGCGAGCGAUCUUGAGGCCCUGUGGGCGUUGGAGAGCGUGGAGACGGAACCGUGGAGUCAGGCUGCGAAAACGCAGGCGGGGAGGGGGAGGGAGGCGCUGUAUCAGGAGUGUUUGCAUCCGGGAGGGGUGAGGAUGCCGUUUUGA